AUGGAAGAAGACACAGCAGCGAUACUCAAGAAAAUGAAUGCGGCUGCAAAACCGACGACUGAUCCAAAAGCUCCUGAGGCACGCCAAGAACCCCGACAGCACGCCAAAGGCAACAAAUCUAAUCAGCAGAAAAGCUUCUUCUAUGUAGUCGAAGAUAAAAACCCGCCCCCGGGAUCGACUGUCGUUGUGCGCGAGAAAGCCAACGUCGAGCUCCCCAAGUCUAGGCAAAACAACACCAAGAGCUGGAGCAAAACUAAAGAAAGGAAGGAUCAGAAAAGUCAAGACAAGGCCGGAGCCCGACCCAAACGCGCAGAGGAUGACAAGCCAGAAGAGCAGGACGAGGACGAGGGCAAAGCACAAGUCAAAGAAGAGCACCCUCGUAAUCGUCGACGCGUCCAAGUUAUCCUCGCACGACCAAGUUCCUCCUCGGAUGAAGAAGAGGACAGCAAAGUCCACGAUUCGCACGAACGCUCCAACAAGCGACCAAGUGAAAACGGCAAACCGGAAGAGUCGAAUGACUUGAGGAACAAGCUCAGGCGAAAGUCGCAGACAAUCGACCGUGUGCACGACUCUAAAAACGAUCUUCGUUCAAUCAUCAAAGAUUCCAAGGCUAAAAGAGUCGAAGACUCCAGUGUCCAAACCCAGCUCAAGCCCCGAGUCCUCGACCUUCGUGAUCAGCUAAACUCGAAAUUAGAAGACCUCAUGAUCAAGCUCAACCGACCUAAACGUUCCAACUUACGACGAAAGUUGGAGGAAACGAAAGCCAGGAACGGCGAUAAACAUGAGCCAAUCAUCGAAGACUCGCCUAAAGACCUGAGGGUCCAACUACAAAAUAGAUGGAUCGAGCGCGCUCCCUUCUUAAAUGUAAUUAUGGGAGGCUCGCCUCCUUGCGGCGACUCGGUUCGAUCGAUCAAGGACCAUCGACGACAGGCAAUAACCUCAAAGGAAAUGGCCAUCAAAACCUGA